AUGGGCGUCGCCGAGCAGGGAACCCAGGAGGAGGAGGAGGAGGAGGAGAAGGACGACGACGACGACGAUGAGAAGUUGGUGAGGAGGUGCCUGGUGGGGGAAAAUGGCUGACUUUCUGAAAGGAUUGCCAGUUUAUAACAAAAGCAACUUCAGCCGAUUCCAUGCAGAUUCUGUAUGCAAAGCAUCGAACAGAAGACCUUCAGUUUAUCUUCCAACACGGGAAUAUCCAUCAGAACAGAUAAUUGUCACAGAAAAGACAAAUAUACUCUUGCGUUACCUACAUCAGCAGUGGGACAAAAAGAAUGCAGCAAAGAAAAGAGAUCCUGAGCAAGUGGAAAUAGAAGGUGAAAACUCUGCCCCACCUCGCAAAAUUGCCCGGACAGACAGCCAAGAUAUGAAUGAGGACACUUAAAAUUCUCUCCAGUCUUCUGUGUUAAAAUUUACAGGCGCUUCCUGUGUGGGUUUUAUUUUUUUUCUGUGUGUCUUUUAGUGUGUACACAGGCACGCACAUGUACAUACACACACAUGCACACUUCCGUCAGCCCUCUGCCUUCUUCCCUGUCUCUUCCUCCCGCCCUCCAUCAUGCAGCCUAUCCCGUUUCUGACUUUGUAGAAGCCAAUUGUAUUUAUUUUUGGGGUGGGGGGGGAGGUUUCUUUUUCCAUUUUUGUUUUGUAUUAUUUAUGCGUGCGCUCGCUCGCGCUCUCAUGUUCAGAGUCAGAAAAUAAUGAUGUUUAAUCUGUGAUCAGUGCUUUUUUUAAAAAAAAAAUGAAAAAAAAUUCCACUUUUGUGGCUACCCCUUCUUUUUGAAAAAUGAGCUGACCUCUCGAGAGAGAGCUCAGUUCAUGCUGACGGCACCCCCUCCCCAUUGUGUCCUCUGUUCAUAUUAUUGAGAAUUUCCAUCUCACAAUUACUGUACAACUACCCAGUGUGUGUCAUGACUUACAUUUGUUUCGAUAACAGGAGGAACUCGCAAGGGGUGGGUGGGCUUUCUUCUUACCCAUCCUUCUCCAGGUGUGUUCCUACUUGCAUACCAUUUUCUGUUCUCCAGCAACGGUGGGGGGGAUCAGGUUGUUUGCGGUGGUCUCUCUGCACCUGAUGAUCUCUGGCGAAGAUUGUACCCAGUUUGCUGGCAAAUGUUGUGUUAUCAUGUUACCUUCUUUGGCCUGCCUCCUCCU